UUCUGUUCAGCUCAUCCCUGAGCAAAAUCAACGGUGCUCAGUGAUCGGGACUCCUUGGUGGAUGGCACCUGAAGUGGUGAAGCGUCAACCAUAUGGCCCCAAAGUGGACGUGUGGUCUUUUGGAAUUGUGGCAAUUGAAAUGGCCGAACAAAAAACUCCUUAUGACAGUUUCACUGCUCGAUUGGCUAAAUACCACAUAGCCACAGAAGGGACCCCACAGCUGCAGCAGCCCGACCAAUUCUCGCCUUUGCUGCGUGACUUCCUGAGCUGCUGCCUGCAGAAAGGCGAGGCGCAGCGCUGGUCUGCCAAGGAGCUGCUGCAGCAUCAAUUUAUAACAUCGGCCAUGCCUGGGUCCAGCCUGGCACCACUCAUUGUUGCAGUGAAGAAGUGGAAGGAGGAGACAGGAAUGCGCCAAUCAAUUUAGAACUGUUUUCUCCAUGAACAACUUAGAGUAGGAUUGUAGUGUAGGACUGUAGAGUAGGAUUGUAAAUAAAGUUUCUGAAACCUUUCUAUUUCAGAACAACUCCUUUGGAACAUUUCUCUCCUUCUGACACUGUGAGAAAGCUCAACAUUUCCUUCUGAAUUGUCAGGUUUUUUUAGAGAUGGAAAAUGACAUUGAUGGCUUCUUUGGUACGGUUUCAAAGUGGGGAAGGCUCCUCUUCAUUCAUCCUCUCCAGACCACACUGCCUUUGCAAUAUGGCCAACUGGCCAAGUUUUGCCCAGCUCUGGCAUUUCUAUUUGAGGCAGAAACAGCAAUGGCAUUUGCAGGAAAAACCAAAGGAGGAGCGGUGCAACGCAAACAACCUGUGCAGAUGCAGGCUGUGCAGAUGUGACUCGAGAGUAUUUGGGUUCCUGCCACUUGGAUUUGUAUCCCUAAGAGAAAUCUCUUUGGCUGGAGGAGAGUCUGGCUGAAGAGAGAAAGCAGAAAGAGCAGUGAGGGUGCUGUGCAAGGUGUCCUGUGGUGCAGAGCUGUCAGCGACUGUGAGGUGAGAGCGGGCCUGGCCUUGGCCAGGCUGGAGCCCCAGCAGAGCCCUGGCAGAGCCCGGAGAAGCCUGAGCCUCGGCAGAGGCAGGCUGGAAGGAGGCCCUUGGAGCUGCAAGAGGCAGCAGCCUGGCCCUGGCUGCCUCUUGCUGGCACCAGGCAAAUCCUCCGCUCUCAGAGCCAAGCUGGCAGCUGGCUGCUCCUGAGGGGAAGCGGCGCCGUGCUGGGCACAGCACACACUGGUGCCAUGGGCUGUCUGGAGUCUGCACAGGAGGAGAGAAAGGCAAAGAGCAGCCCAGGGCUGGUGCCCUGCCUGACCAUUCCUGCUCUUCUGCCGCCUGCCCUGGAACUCCUGGCAAUGGUCAGCAGUGUGUGCAGCACUCUGGGCACAGGGGGAGGGAGCCGGGCUGCUCCGCAGGCUCCAGCACAGGGCAGUGUCCUUCAGGCACGGCAUUUCUGCCAGGGGAACCAAGCCCAGCGUGAGGCACUGACCACAAGUCAGGGCACAUCUGCACGAGCCAGUGCCUCACACAGCUCUGGGACCAAGCGCCUGCAAUCCUGGAGCUCUGCACUGAGCCAGAGCAAAGGUGUGAAAUGCAGAGGGUUUUGCAGAAAUAUUCAGGGGCACCAGGCCAGCCUGCUUUGUGCUCUCUGGGCCACAGCAAGCACUGUGCAAUGCAGCUCGGAGCUGCUGGCAGAGAGGGACUAUGGGCAUGUGCCUGAGGCUUGUUCUUGAGUAGUGAUUUGGAAGGGAGCAGAAGGGUCUCAGUGGGCAAUUUGUGUUUUCUUCAUUAAUUUCUGCAUGGACGACACAAUGUGGCAUCACGCAGCAAGAGCACUUGCAGAACUUACUGACUGUAAGUUUGUGUUGAAUUCCAAGAAAAGGAAGGAGAGGUGUUGGGAAGUUGCUGAAGUGUAACAAAUAGGGCUUUCCUAUUCCUAGUGAAUUCCGUUACUUCUAACAAACAGUUUUCUGGGAUUGAAAGUCAACAAAUCCACUCCUCCCAAGGAAUUCCCAUUGUUGGUCUGUGUCCGAAUGGAUGUUCCUGCUCCAGUGUUCAUCCAGGUGCCCACAGGGAGCCAGGAAGAUGUGGAACCUCCCAGCCAGGUGUCUUCCCAACAUGGAUCACCAGGACCAUGGAUCACCACGACCACAUGUUGCUGCUGAAGAUGAAUAGAUCACACGGACACAGGUCGAAGUGUGGUGA